AAGAGUGAAGACAGUUGAAUGGCUUUGGUUGCGACUAAAUUUACAGAAAUGCCACUGAGAAGCUCUCUUCCUUUGACUUCGACCUCACGCUACCAUUCUUCUCCUUCGCUUCACGCGUUGCUAUUUGAUUCACUCUCCGCGGCGAAGCCCUCGCGUCGCGUUCUUCGGCCAUUCUCUUCGCUCCGCACGAGCGAGCGUAGCAGCAACAACGGGAGCCGUAACAACCGGCGAUUGGAUCACCGGGAUUCUAAACCUAAUCCUCCUUACGAUAAGUGGCCUCCGUCGUCAUCCGCCGCGAAGAAAUCGAACGAACAUAACGGCGGAGGUGAAAUCCCUUCGGCGGAGGCGAAACUCAGGUAUGUGGAGGAGAAGGAUAGAGGACAAAGCGCGAUUGAGAAGAUCGUGCUUCGUCUACGGAACCUAGGAUUAGCUUCUGACGAGGAGGAGGAUGCAGAAGAUAACGGUGGGGAUGUGAAGGCGGUGACGGGAGAAGAGAGAUUGGGUGAUUUGUUGAAGAGAGAGUGGGUGAAGCCUGAUGUGAUCCUUGCUGAGGGAGAAGAAGAGAGUGAAGUUGAGGAUGAUGAUGUGUUAUUGCCAUGGGAGAAGAAGAACGAGGAGGAACAUGCGGCGGAGAGGAUUGAAGGAGAUGGAGUUGUGGCGUUGAAGAAGAGGAGAGUUAGAGCUCCGUCACUGGCGGAGCUUACGGUUGAGGAUUCUGAGCUAAGACGGCUGAGAGGGGAGGGGAUGUAUUUGAGGGUGAAGAUUAAUAUACCAAAAGCUGGGCUGACGCAAGCAGUGAUGGAGAAGAUUAAUGAUACUUGGAGGAAAGAAGAGCUUGUGAGGCUUAAGUUCCAUGAAGUGUUUGCUCGUGACAUGAAGACGGCUCAUGAGAUAGUUGAGCGUCGAACUGGUGGAAUGGUGAUAUGGAGGGCAGGAAGUGUAAUGGUGGUUUAUCGUGGGCUUGACUAUCGAGGACCUUAUAUGAUCUCUAACCAAAUGGCCAGACCUGAAGAAACUCUUUUUGUUCCAGAUGUGUCUUCUGCUGGUGAUGAAGCGAGACAUGCCAAAGAUUAUCAAAAUGCACCUCCGGAAAUUAAAGAUCCCAUUGUCAAAAACCCGAUUCGCAAGGAGGGUAUGACAGAAGAAGAAGCUGAAUUCAACAGUCUAUUAGACAGCUUAGGCCCACGUUUUCACGAGUGGUGGGGUACUGGUGUGCUACCUGUGAACGCUGACUUACUACCUCCUACAAUCCUUGGUUAUAAAACACCUUUCAGGCUUCUUCCUACUGGGAUGAGAUCGAAUUUGACCAAUGCCGAAAUGACUAAUCUCAGGAAGAUUGGUAAAACUCUCCCCUGCCAUUUUUCUCUUGGUAGGAACAGAAAUCACCAAGGAUUGGCAGCUGCUAUACUCAAGCUCUGGGAGAAAAGUCUGAUUGCAAAGAUCGCCGUGAAGCGAGGUAUCCAGAAUACAAACAACAAACUGAUGUCUGAUGAGAUAAAGACAUUGACAGGGGGUGUCUUGCUGCUCAGAAACAAGUAUUACAUUGUAAUAUAUCGUGGGAAGGACUUCCUUCCAUCAAGUGUGGCGGCUACUCUAGCGGAAAGACAAGAAUUAACAAAAGAGAUUCAAGAUGUUGAAGAGAAGGUACGAAUUCGAGACAUUGAGGCUACUCAGCCUGUUGGAGAAAAAGUACUAGCGGAAGCUGGCACUCUAGCCGAGUUUUAUGAGGCGCAAGCCCGAUGGGGAAAAGAGAUAACUCCGGACCAUAGAGAAAAGAUGAUUGAGGAAGCUUCAAGGAUCGCGAGUGCCAGAGUUGUUAAACGAAUCCAGCACAAACUAGACCUUUCCCAAUCGAAAUUUGAUAGAGCAGAGAAACUGUUGUCCAAAAUAGAAGCCUCCAUGAUUCCAAACGGACCUGAUUAUGAUCAAGAGGUUAUCUCUGAGGAAGAGAGAAUCAUGUUCCGGAAAGUGGGAUUGAAAAUGAAGUCAUACUUACCCUUAGGUAUCCGUGGUGUUUUCGAUGGAGUGAUCGAGAAUAUGCAUCUGCAUUGGAAGCACAGAGAACUGGUGAAACUAAUAUCGAAACAGAAGAGUUUUGCGUUUGUUGAAGACACGGCUCGGUUACUAGAAUACGAGAGCGGGGGAGUUCUUGUGGCAAUAGAGAAGGUUCCUAAAGGAUUCGCUCUUAUUUAUUACCGUGGAAAGAAUUACCAGAGACCAGUUAGCUUGAGACCAAGAAAUCUUCUGACAAAAGCAAAAGCAUUGAAACGUUCCAUUGCAAUUCAACGUCACGAGGCACUUAGUCAGCAUAUCUCUGAACUGGAGAAAACAAUAGAGCAAAUGCAGAACGAACUUACUGCGAAAAACCCGUCAUACAAUGAAUCCGAAUGGGAGAAUGAUGAUGAUGACGACGGGGAAGAGGAGAAAGAUGAUGAGAGUGAUUGGGACUAAGCUGAUGGUAAAUCUACAUUUUCUAGUUUAGAGGAAGCUGAUUUUCCGUUCGCUAAGGAGAAGGCGUGCAUCAGUUUGUCUCAGGACUCAGGAGGUUGUAGGCUUGUAGCUGAGCAUGAUCUCUGAGUGUGUUAGAGGUUAAGAAACAGAAAUGGAUUUUGAUGAUAAGUGGAGAUUUCAAAAUCAGGAGCGAGAGUGUUAAGUAACAAAGAGCAGUUUAGUCCUGUCGCAGAGAAGAGUAGAUAUGAGAAUCAUGAAGAUUUUGAACAAAGCACACAUCAGUUUAUAUCUAUUACAAAAAUUUGUAUGUUCUGUCAAUGUAUUGUACACCAAUUUAAUUAAGUAUUUAACAAAUGUAUAUUGAUCUAUGUCUGUCUUUUU